GCUUUUGUGAAGAGAGAUAAUGAUGAGUAUCAGCGUACUUACCACAAUUUCAUUAUCGAGAAAGAUGGUUCAAAUGAAGGUACCUAUUACAUGCUGCUUCUAACGAACAAUGGAUUUUUCUAUAUUACAAACCUCCAGCUUUCACAAAUUGAACAGGCAAUUGAGAACACAGACUUGGAUUUGGCCAAGAAGUUACAAGGACAAUUCAAAUGUAGUUUCAUUUCUACUGAAAAUUACCACAACCUUGGUUGUCUUAAUCUUGUGGCUGGAGAAUUUGCAAGUGAAACUCCCGUGAUAAUUGGGGGAGCUGGGAGUUGUGCAUUCUCAAAAUGGGAAUCAGAUUCUACCAAGAAAGAAAUGUCCCUUAAGAACUUUGUGGACACAGAGAUUGUUAAAGGUGCAAAGUCAUUUCAACUGAUCGACAACCUGCUUUUUGUGCUCGAUACUGAUAACGUGCUGAGCUUGUGGGAUGCUUACACUCUCACUCCGGUGUGGAACUGGCCUUCUCUUCCCAUAGAGCAGUUUCUUCUCACAACAGAGGCGGAUUCUCCCUCGUCUGUUACCUGGCAAGGGAUUGCAAACCUCAAAUUAGUCACUCUGACAGCUACAACAAAGGAGAAGAUGAGAAGCCUCAUCAUCUUUUCUUUACCUUCGAUGGAAAUACUGUAUUCUCUGGAAGUGUCAAGUGUUUCUUCUUUAGUUCAAACAGGAAUUAGCACGGAUACUAUAUAUCUUCUGGAAGGAAUUCACAAAAAUGAUCCUAACCUAUCUGAAGACUCUGUCUCUGAUUUAGUACUUAGGUACCUUACAGAGGUGUUACCAGAAAACAGACUGAGACGAUUACUUCACAAGCACAGAUUUGCUGAAGCUGAGAGCUUUGCCAUUCAGUUUGGACUGGAUGUUGAGCUUGUUUAUAAAGUCAAAUCAAAUGACAUAUUGGAGAAACUGGCUUUGAUUUCUUUGGACACCAGUGAGCAGACCAAAUGGCAGCAACUUGUAGAAGAAGCUCAAGAAAAUCUCUGCAAAAUCCAGGAUGAUGACUUCGUGGUGAAUUUCUGCCUCAAGGCCCAGUGGAUAACCUAUGAAACCACCCAGGAAAUGCUCAGUUAUGCUAAAGCCAGACUCCUAAAGAAAGAAGACAAAACCCUGCCUGCCUAUUCUGAUGGCUUCAUGGAGGUGCUCAAGGCUCAUGCAAAGUUAACUACAUUUUAUGGAGCAUUUGGACCAGAGAAAUUCAGUGGUAGCUCUUGGAUUGAAUUCCUGAAUAGUGAAGAUGUGCUUGGAGAUAUUUUUAUGCAGCUAAGGGAAGGAAACCUUGUUUGUGCUCAGUAUCUUUGGCUUAGACAUCGGGCUGACUUUGAAAGCAAGUUUGAUGUGAAGAUGCUAGAGAACUUGCUGAAUUCAAUUUCUACACAAGUUUCCUUGGAAAAACUUUGUUCAUGGUUUAAAAAUGAUGUGAUCCCAUUCGUGAGGAGGAUUGUCCCCGAAGGACAAAACAUUCUUGCAAAGUGGUUGGAACAAGCAUCUAGGAACCUAGAAUUAACUGAUAAGGCAAACUGGCCAGAAAAUGGACUUCAGCUAGCGGAGGUGUUCUUUACAGCAGAAAAGACAGAGAAGUUUGGAUUUGCAUCCUCUUGGCACUGGAUUUCCUGGAAAGAUUAUCAAAACACAGAGGAAGUCCAACAGUUACAGACACUGGUAAUCAAGUUGCAGGAGCUGAUCACCCUGCAUAAGAAAUACAACUGCAAACUAUCCCUUUCUGAGUUUGAGAAGGAAAACACGACCACUAUAGUGUUCCGGAUGAUUGACAGGGUCUCGGCACCAGAGCUGAUCCCCUCUGUCUUAGAAAAGUUUGUGAGAGUUUACAUGCGGGAACAAAAUUUGCAAGAAGAACUUCUUUUGCUUUAUAUAGAGGAUUUACUAAAGAGGUGUAGCUCGAAGUCAGCGACACUCUUUGACACAGCAUGGGAAGCGAAGGCCAUGGCAGUGAUAAGAUGCUUGUCUGACAUAGAUCUCAUCUUUGAUGCUGUGCUGAAGAUCAUGUACAAGGCAGUGGUUCCCUGGAGUGCAGCUGUGGAGCAGCUGGUGAAACAGCACCUGGAAAUGGACCACCCCAAGGUCAAGUUAUUGCAGGAAAGUUACAAACUGAUGGAGAUGAAGAAACUUUUACGAGGCUAUGGAAUCAGAGAGGUGAAUCUCUUGAACAAGGAAAUAAUGAGGGUGGUCAGAUACAUUCUCAAGCAAGAUACCCCGUCUUCUUUAGAAGAUGCUCUGAAGGUGGCCCAAGGGUACCGGCUGUCUGAUGAUGAAAUCUACAGUCUAAGAAUUAUUGAUCUGAUUGACAGAGAACAGAGGGAUGACUGUCUCCUGCUACUGAGGUCUCUGCCUCCGGUUGAAGCUGAGAAAACUGCGGAAAGAGUCAUCAUUUGGGCUCGACUGGCACUGCAAGAAGAGCCAGACGGUUCUGAAGAGGACAAGGCCUGGAGAAUGUCUGUGGCGAAGACAUCAGUGGAUAUUCUCAAAAUCCUGUGUGAUAUCCAGAAAGUUACAGGCAAUCUACAGAAGAAGGAUGAUUCUGAAGAGUUCUUGAAGCAAUUUAAAGUGGUUGCUAGUUUACAGGAGAACUUUGAGGUCUUCCUUCCAUUUGAAGAUUAUAGCAACAGCACCCUGGUAGCCGACCUUCGAGAACAGUAUAUUAAGGCACAUGAAGAUGCACAGGCUGAGCACAAACUCAGGGGACCCCCAGGGCCCACCCUGGCCAGGGGGACAGACCUGAGCAUCAAGUCAAAGCUGCACAGACAGGCACUGGCCCUGCAGGUGUCUGCACAAGAGCUGGAGGCAGAGUUGGCUUUAAGAGCCUUAAAGCACGGGAAGGUGGGAGCAGCACUGAGCAAAUGCAGAUACUUGCUUAACUAUUACUGCAAUGCUGACACGGGGAGGUUGCUGUUUCUGGUUUGUCAGAAGCUUUGUCAUAUGUUGGCUAACGAUGUUCCAAUGACAGCACCAGUAGGACUAAAUCUUCCUUCUGAGAUACAUGAUCUCGCAUGCCAAGCUGCCACCCUCUGCAGUACAGAUACUUUGCUGGAUGCUUUAGAACUAAGUAAAUACACUUUAACUGCUGUGGAGCUUUCCAGACAGUGCCAGAUGGAUGACUCUGGAAUUCUGAUGAAAGCUGCUUUUGGAACUCACAAGGAUCCAUAUGAAGAGUGGUCCUACAGUGACUUCUUCAGUGAGGAUGGAAUUGUUCUUGAGUCACAGGUGGUGCUGCCAGUCAUCUAUGAGUUGAUUUCCUCAGUGGUACCUCUUGCAGAAAGUAAAAGAUACCCUUUGGAUUCCAUAAGUUUGCCAUACUGUUCCACUAGCAAAGGAGACAACCUUAUUCUCCCCAUUGUACGUUCCAUAUCUACUCUGCUCUGGAACCUUCAAGAAUCUAGUCAGUGGGAGAUGGCCCUAAGGUUUGUGAUCGGUUCCUUUGGUGCCUGCCUCCAACACUCUAUGUCAAACAUCAUGAGUGCCAGUUUGAGUGAAAAGUUACUUGGCGAGACCACAAUGGCGAACUCAAAGCAAAUCGUUGUAGAAUUGAAAGAAAAGUCAGUCAUGUUUAUCAGGGGAAAUGCCACAACACUCCUGCAUAAAGUGUUUAACUGCCGCCUGGUGGAUCUGGACUUGGCCUUGGCUUACUGCACUCUCUUACCUCAAAAGGAUGUAUUUGAAAACCUCUGGAAGCUCAUAGAUAAAGCAUGGCAGAAUUACAACAAAAUUCUGGCAUUAUCUUUGGUGGGCUCUCAGCUGGCAAAUCUCUAUCAGGAUAUUGAAACAGGCCUUCGGUUCCAUGAACUCAGUAUUGAUGCUCAGUGGGGUAUUCGCCUUGGUAAACUUGGUAUUUCUUUUCAGCCUGCUUUCAGACAAAGUUUCCUCACCAAGAAAGACCUCCUUAAAGCUCUUGUUAAUAACAUAGAUAUGGACACAAGUCUCAUUCUGGAAUAUUGCAGCACCUUUCAGCUGGACUCUGAUGCAGCCCUGCAGCUGUUCAUCGAAACCCUGCUCCACAACACCAACAACCAGAGCCAGGGAGAUGCAAGCCUGGAGCCCACCAAGCAGCAGCAUUCCAGACUCCUGGCCAAAGCCACUGAGAUGGUUCCUUUACUGGCGAGCACAAAAGAUUUGGUGGUCAGUCUUACUGGGAUCCUUUAUAAGCUGGACCCAUAUGAUUAUGAAAUGAUUGAAGUUGUACUGAAAGUUAUAGAACAAGCCAACGAAAAGAUAACCAGUGUGAACAUUAAUCAGGCUCUGAAUCUUCUGAGACACUUGAAGUCAUACAAAAGAAUCUCCCCCCCAGUGGACCUCGAAUACCAGUACAUGCUGGAACAUGUAAUAACUCUGCCACCGGCUGCCCAGACUAGACUGCCUUUUCACCUAAUAUUAUUUGGCACAGCACAGAACUUCUGGAAAAUUCUCUCCUCAGAGCUCAGUGAAGAGUCGCUUCCAACCCUGCUCUUAAUUUCUAAGCUAAUGAAGUUCUCCCUAGAUACUCUCUACGUGUCUACAGCCAAACAUGUUUUUGAAAAAAACCUGAAGCCAAAGCUCUUGAAGUUAGCACAAGCCCAGUCAGCCCUGAUGAGCAAGGAAGUGGAUAAGCUCACACAGACCAUCGAGUCAUACCUCCUGUCCAUAGUCAACCCGGAGUGGGCCGUCGCCAUCGCCAUCAGUCUUACCCAGGAAAUCCCAGAAGGCCCCUUCAAGAUGACUAGUUUGAAAUUCUGCCUGUAUUUGGCUGAAAGAUGGCUGCAAAACAUCCCAUCUCAGGAUGAGACACGUGAAAAAGCCCAGGCCUUGCUGAAGAAGCUUUAUCUCCAGUUCCGGCGCUCAGGCACCGAAGCAGUGCUCAUAGCCCACAAGUUGAAUGUUCCAGAAUAUUUAAGAGUGGUAGGAAAGCCAGCACAUCUCAUUGUGAGCCUCUAUGAACAUCCCAGCAUAAGCGGAAGACUUCGUAAUACAUCUGGCAAAGAUUAUCCUGAUAUUCACGAAGCAGCUAAAGAAAUAGCUGAAGUCAAUGAAAUUAAUUUGGAAAAAAUUUGGGACAUGUUGUUGGAGAAAUGGUUGUGCCCCUCAACAGUACCCAGUGAGAAAGCAUCAGAGUUCUUUGAACUUGAAGAGGAUGAAGUGCUGCAUAGAGUCGUGUAUCUCCUACAGUCUCGUCCGAUCGAUUAUAGUUCAAGAAUGCUGUUUGUAUUUGCCAUCUCAGCCACAAGUACACUGGGCAUGCGCCAGCUAACCUUUGCCCACAAAACACGAGCUCUUCAGUGUCUCUUCUAUUUGGCUGACAAGGAAAUGAUAGAAUCUCUCUUCAAAAAGCCCACUGAAGAAAUUAAGUCCUAUCUGAAAUGUAUAACAUUCCUGGCAUCAUUUGAGACAUUGAAUAUUCCCAUCACAUAUGAAUUAUUUUGCAACAGUCCCAAGGAAGGAAUGAUUAAGGGCUUGUGGAAGAACCAUAGCCACGAAUCUAUGGCAGUACGAUUGGUGGCAGAGCUUUGCUUAGAAUACAAAAUCUAUGACCUGCAGCUUUGGAAUGGGCUCUUGCAGAAGCUUCUUGGCUUCAACAUGAUUCCUUACCUAAGGAAAGUUUUAUCUUCCAUUUCUAGCGUCCAUUCAUUAUGGCAGGUUCCCUACUUCAGCAGGGCUUGGCAGUGUGUGAUCCAGAUCCCUCUGCUCUCAGCUUCCUGUCCUUUAAGACCCAGCCAGUUAUCAGAUUGCUGUGAGAGUCUCGUCGCCAUCCUAGAAUGCCCAGUUUCGGAUGACCUUGACAUGAUCGGAGUCGCCAAGCAGUAUGUACAGCUAGAGCUUCCAGCUUUUGCACUGGCUUGUCUAAUGCUAAUGCCCCACUCUGAAAAACGGCAGCAGCAGAUUAAGAAUUUCCUGGAUUCAUGUGAUGCUCAGAUCAUUUUACAGCAAUUAGAAGAACAUAUGAGCACUGGCCAACUAGCAGGGUUUUCCCACCAAAUUAGAAGUCUGAUUCUGAAUCAUGUCAUAAAUAAGAAGGAAUUUGGAAUUUUGGCAAAGACAAAGUAUUUUCAAUUGUUGAAAUGGCAUAUGAUAAACACCAACAAUAUCACUGAAUUGGUAAACUAUCUGGCAAAUGACUUGAGUCAUCACUACAGGAAUCACCCAAAAGGGCCUCUUCACAGCUGCCUUGUUCUUUCUGGUUCCAGUUUAGAUGAAGCAUCAGCUUUGAUAAUUGAGUAUUCAAAACAUUGUGGGAAAUCUGUGCCAUCAGAUGCAGCUCCUUGUGAAAUCCUGAAGACAUUUCUUGGUGGAUCCUCGUAAAUCAAACAAUUUUUUUUCAAAAACAAGAGGAAGUUUGGAGUCUGCGACUAAUUUAUUGCAGUAUAUAAAUUGUGCAAUCUAUAUUUCAUUAUCCUGAAAUGAAUAUCUAAGACAUUCAAUACUAAUAUAACCAUGACUUAAGUAUCUUGCAUGCUGAAUUAAUAAAUAUUUUAAUAUUGGUUCCUUGUGUAA